AUGGAUUCUCUCAAACCAAUCCCAACGUCACUGGCACCUCAAGUGUUGGAGUUUGUCAAGCAAUACUACGACAGCGACAUCGCCUCACAACAGCUGUACAAUGAGUUAAAGAAGGUGUUCAAGGGCCACAGCGAAAGACAGAAUUGGAUGGACGCUAUCUUUAAUGAGGUCAAAGGCAUGAAGAAGGGCAGCGGGCGCAAGGAUGGUGGAUUGUAUGACUAUGAGAUCGAACAGCUGAUGCAGCCGUACGCAAAGGAUGGGUUUGAAGGAGUGAUCGCUUCUGACCAACUGAAUGAGUUGAAUCCAAAGCAGCGAAUGUCAUUUAUUAUGAACUUGGACAACAGCCACCAACCUGGCAGUCACUGGGUCGCUUGUAACAUUGAUGCUAAGGGUGACAAAGCGAUUGAGUACUAUGACUCGUUUGGUGAUGACCCGAGCACUGACUUUAUGAGGAGGAUGAAACAGUUGGUGGAAGAGAUCGACCCAGACGUGUAUUUGAAGUUUAAAGUCAACAGAGUGAUCGACCAGGCUGUCAACACCGACACCUGUGGCUACCAUGCCAUGCGCUUCCUGUUGAAUCGUUAUCGCGGGGUUCCAUUCAAAGGCGACUGGCUACAGUGA